AUGUCGCAAAAUAUUCAGGUCAAACGUAAGCGUACGAGAACGCUGGAUGCCGCACCGCGUGCGGGCAUGUCGCUGCGGUCAGUACCCCAAGGUAUGUUUCUCGACAACGAAGCAGACCCUAUCAUUGGCGAAAUGCUGGCACGGCAAUCUGCAUUGUUGCAGGGCAACUUGAUCGAUUCCCAUUUUGCCACAGCCACUACUGCAGAGGGGUCAACAGUCGCUGGAAAUGAGAACUCGAUAGACGAACACACAGUGACCGGUGGAACGGACGAUAUCACCAUCAAUAACAAUAACAACAACAACCACAACAACCACGUUGGUGAAGAGGAAGACGACGAUCUUAUCUUUGUCAAAGAACAGCCCGUUCAAUUUCCAGCUCCUCUUGAUCCACAUGCAGAACACCACUACACCAGCAAGAAAUUCAAAAAGCAAAGAACCAUAUCUCUUCCGCAGCUUCCGCACUCCAAACUGUUGUACGAGGCUGCUCAACAUCGUGCUUUGCCACAUCGUCAAAAUGACGAUGAUUUGCUUCAUUUAAGUGGAUCAUCUACCAAGACCAUCGACGGCAACCGGGGUGUCACAUUGAAUGUGGUGAAAAGUCUUUCCCCGCUGAGUGUCAACGAGCAUGGCUCGCCAGUAUUCAAACGUAUGGCAGCAGGACCCAAGAUAUCUAGACUGGUCACUGCAGCUAAGAAAAAAAACAAGAAAGACUUCUUCCAAACCGACAAAGAAGGUCACUACGUUUACCGCGAUGAAGACAAUUUUUGCAACGGUAGGUUUGUCGUCAAGAGUUUGCUUGGACAAGGUACAUUCGGGAAAGUGGUACAAUGUGUUGAUAAUACUCCUUCUUCUCUUCAAAGCAAUGAGUUUCAAGGGUUUGAAGAUCCGUUUUCCGAAUCAUUUGAGGAUUCUCAUUUCGAUCUUGAUUUCUCAACUCCGGAGUCCAAUGUUCCAAGAUCCGCUAAAAUGGUUGCUGUUAAAAUAAUACGUGCUGUUGAUCGGUAUCGUGAAGCUGCCAAGACCGAACUACGAGUUUUGAAAGCUAUUUUAGAUAACGAUCCGCUGGGCCAGUAUCAGUGUCUGUUACUUCGUGAGUGCUUUGAUUACAAAAAUCAUAUAUGCUUGGUGACAGAUCUGUUUGGAAAGUCCAUAUAUGACUUCAUGUGCAAUAACGGUUGUUCACGCUUUCCAGGGUCUCACGUUCAAGCGAUCACAAAACAGUUGAUUCGCUCCGUAUGUUUUUUGCAUGAUUUGGGAAUAAUUCACACGGAUUUGAAACCUGAAAACAUACUUCUAUGCGAUGAAUCGUACGUGGGAAAGCCUCUCUCUCAGCAAGAAUUAUCAAAUUUGAGCCCACGCCGCAGAAGUGCAUGCAAUGGAGAACGGAAGUUCUUGACAAAUCCUGAUGUUAAGCUGAUCGACUUUGGCAGCGCCGUUUUUUAUAACGAGUUUCAUCCAGCGGUAAUUUCUACGCGGCAUUACCGUGCACCAGAAAUUGUUUUAGGUCUAGGUUGGUCCUUCCCUUGUGAUAUUUGGUCAAUUGGGUGCGUUCUGGUAGAGUUGGUUACAGGAGAAUCAUUGUACCCCAUUCAUGAGAAUUUGGAGCACAUGGCAAUGAUGCAAAGAUUCAAUGGCAGACCGUUCCCACCUAAAAUUGUGGAAAACAUGCUUUACAAAUCGGAUCGCAAAAUAGGAAAUCUGGCCCCAGAUUUGAACGCCACCGUUGUGAAGCAUUUUGAUAGAGACUCAUUGGCCUUAAAAUGGCCAGAGCGUAAUUCCAAAGGAGAGAUCAUCACGAAAGAGAGAUCAAUGAGAAGAAUUUUGUCCGGCUGUGAUCGGCUGGACAAAUAUGUGAUGCAAAAAAUACGACAAGAUCACGGUGACUGGCUAGUCAUUAAUUGGGAUAUGAGUGCUGAAGACAACUGGGCUUUACUGGAGUCACAGCACGAUGAGCAGGUGCUCGAUAAGGAAGUGUUCCUAUUUUGGUAUUGGUUCUUGGAUUUGUGCCAGAAAAUGUUUGAAUUCGACCCUACUAAAAGGAUAACUGCUAGGGAGGCAAUCAAUCAUGAAUGGUUCAAUUACGGUAUAUUGGAUGAGGGUAUUGCAAGUUUUGGGAAAGUUCAGCACAACUAA